GGCGCCACAGCCUGGCCGUGCUAGUCACAGCCGUCACCCACGAAGACGGGACUCAACACUUCAUCAUGAUUGCCCGGCUGGAUGAUGUUCAGAUCGCGUACUACAACAGUGACACGCGAGAGCUCAGACCCACCGAGGAGUGGGCGGCACAGGCCAUGGGCGCUGAGUAUAUCAAGGAAAAGACCCAGGAGUUCUGGGGGUUUGAGGAGGGCGCUAGAGGCGAAACCAGAUGGUUGAUGCAGCAGUACAACCAGACGGGCGGGAUUCACACUGAGCAGGUUCACGUGGGUUGUGCGCUGAGUGACCAGGCCCCCAUGGACCCGAGGUUCCAGUACGCCUACGAUGGGGGGGACUUCAUCAGCUUUGACAACCAGACCGGGACGUGGGUCGCGGCCGUGCAGCUGGCUGUCCCUGUGAAGCAGCUCUGGGAGACAGGGGACAAGUUCUGGACUCAGUUUGUCCAGCGGUACCUGCAGCACGAGUGCCUGGAGACCCUGCAGAGCCUGGUGCAGCGGGCAAGGGCGGUGCUGGAGCGACACGUACCUCCCACGGUCUCAGUUUCCCGCAGAGAUGCCCCAGACAGCUCCAUCACCCUCUCCUGCCACGCCAGGGGCUUUUACCCGCGUCCCAUCCAUGUCUCCUGGGUGCGGGACGGAGAAGACAUCCUGGCGGAGACAGACUCCAGCGGGAUCCUGCCCAACGACAUUCACUCGUACUACACGCAGUCAUCCCUGGAGAUCUCCCCGCAGCAGGAGGACGGGCACCGCUACGCCUGCCGGGUGGAGCACAGCAGCCUGGAGGAGCCUGUGCUCGUCUGGGGUAAGGGGGGGUGA